AGAAUGCGAUCUACCUGUCAUAUUUUCUUUGCAUUCGGACUAGGGAUGGGCCUGGGAACUGAUGUUGCCUAGAAAAUUAAGAGAUAGAGGGCCACGCAAUGCCUAUUCAUUAGCAAAUGUUCAAGAUUUACCGCUUCGUUAUCUUCCGCGAUGGAUAAAGGGGCGGGGAAAUUGGAGCCCAGACUAGUGUAGAUUUCCUAUUGGCAGAAAAUGCCCACCGACCUUGGAGGAUCCUGGUCUCCACCCAACUCCUGACUUAGUCUCAGCCAACAGGGAAGAUGGCACCAUGGACGAGGACAGGGCCCGAGACAUACGGAGGACUCCUAUUGGCAGAAGCCACCUCCUCCACUUCACUAUUGGUUCGCUCCAUUAGGCGGGGAAGUAGCGAGGGCGGAACUGGGGCUAUUUGGGAGCGCUCAGGUCUGCCUGGAAAGUCGCAAGCCUGUACUAAGAAGAGGCCCUGCGAUCGCGCCGCCUAGCCAGCGGCCCAUAGAAGCAUGACCACCAAUAUGGGCCCCUUACACCCAUACUGGCCCAGGCACCUGAGGCUGGACAACUUUGUGCCUAAUGACCUCCCGACCUGGCAUAUUUUGGCUGGCCUAUUCUCCGUCUCUGGGGUCCUAAUUGUGAUCACGUGGCUGUUGUCUGAUCGAGCUUCCGUUGUCCCACUUGGAACUUGGCGUCGACUGGCCCUGUGCUGGUUUACUGUUUGUACAUUCAUUCACCUUGUGAUCGAGGGCUGGUUCUCUUUCUACCAUGACAUCCUUCUUGAAGACCAAGCCUUCUUAUCCCAACUCUGGAAAGAGUAUUCCAAGGGAGACAGCCGAUAUAUCCUUAAUGAUGGCUUCAUCGUCUCUAUGGAGACUAUCACAGCUUUGCUCUGGGGACCACUCAGCCUGUGGGUAGUGAUUGCCUUUCUCCGCCAGCAGCCCUUCCGCUUUGUCCUACAGCUUGUGGUCUCUGUGGGCCAGAUAUACGGGGAUGUGCUGUACUUCCUGACAGAGCAGCGCGAUGGCUUCCAGCAUGGGGAGCUAGGCCACCCCCUUUAUUUCUGGUUUUACUUUGUUAUCAUGAAUGGCAUAUGGCUGGUGGUACCUGGAGUCCUCGUGCUUGAUUCCAUAAAGCAUCUCACGCAUGCCCAGAGCAUGCUGGACAGCAAGGUCAUGAAAACUAAAAGCAAGCAUAACUAAAGAGCAGUAGAGUGGGCUGGAACACCGUUGCUGAGGCGCUCUGCCCACCUCCCAGAAGACCCAAGUCCUCCUCCCACAGGUUGGAGGGUCAGAACUAUCUGAUUAGUCACAUUCCGACUGAGGAGUAAGCACAAAAAGAGGCAGUCAGGAAAGGUAGAGAAUGUGUGGAGCUACUGCCGGGAACCAUUGGGGAAAAGAUGUAAGGGGGGAGGGGGUCCGUGAUGGUGGCAAUUUUCAAAACCGGGAAAUAAAAUAUCUUUAAUUA